CUCUGUUGACUUUGUAAAGCUUGCAACUUUCAAGUGCAUAAAUAUUAUAUAUUCUUCAUAGUUUGGUUGAUUAAAAUUUAGAAAUUUAACCGCUCACUUUCGGAGUAGGGACUGAGUCAUUUUUGAGCUAAUACACCAGUUUGUGAAACCCACAAACAUCGUCCUUUGUCGGUCACCCAACCACUGUAUCUCCUCCCGUGUAAGCCCAUAUCUUCACCGUCAAUCUGUUUUUUCUUCUGUUUUCUUUUUCUUUCACUGCAAAUUGCAUAAACACUCUGACCUUUGUGUACCCAGUCACAUUUAUAUUGGAUAAUAAAGCCAUUUUUCUUAAAUAUAAAAAUAUUCUCUUGGUGUUUCUCUGACCUAGUUUGACCUUCUCAAUUCUCAAUCCAACUUUUUCCCAUUAUUUAAGACUUGUGUUGUUUUCACAUUGAUAGGAAUUUGCAGCUUGCAGUUGCAGUACAGCUGAUAAGACACUUGUAGCCUCAUUUAUUCUCUCUCUCCCAUCUCUUUCUCUCUCUAGAUUUGCACUCAUUUUUAGGCCUCCAUCAUAAACCCACUCCUGCAAGAAAAAAGAAAACUCAAUUUUCCAGUGCAUGCAAUUACCGCCCAAUUCAAUCUUCCAUGCACAUUUGCACGUGCAAGGACUCAAACUCCAAGACCAACUUUCAACCACCCAAACUAAAGAUGCAAGCUUUACACUUACCCAUCAAUGAAACGGUAGAUUGCAACCAGUUCAUCAUCUAGCUUCGAGCUGCUCUGUUUUGGUUCUGAGAAAAAUGGCUUUAGUAAGAGAUGCAAUUUUGGCACUUUUUCUUGCUCUGUUUCUGCAUCUUUCAUUAGGGUUUAUGUUCUGCGAGGGGAAGCUCGAUGGCAAUACAACUUUGAGUGUGCUUUUGGAGGUGAAGAGGGCAAUUGUGCGAGACCCAGAAAAUGUUUUGCAUGGCUGGUCCGAAAGCGACCCAAAUUUCUGUACUUGGAGAGGUGUGACUUGUUCGCUUGACUCGCUGGACAACUCGGUCCAAGUGGUAGGGCUCAACCUUUCCGGCUCGUCACUCGCCGGGUCGAUAUCGCCCUCACUCGGUAGUUUGCAAAACCUGCUCCACCUUGAUCUCUCUUCUAACCGCCUCUCGGGUCCCAUCCCACCAACCCUCUCUAACCUCACGUCCUUGGAAUCUUUGCUUCUCUUUUCAAACCAGCUCAUUGGGGACAUCCCGACUCAUCUCGGCUCGCUGACGAGUCUCCGAGUGAUGAGAAUCGGCGACAAUGGACUCACUGGAUCCAUUCCCGCCACUUUUGGCAAUCUUGUCAAUUUGGUCACGCUUGGUUUGGCCUCAUGCAGCCUCAACGGUCCAAUACCUCCCCAACUCGGCCGACUCGGCCUACUCGAGAACUUAAUCCUGCAGCUCAAUCAACUCGAAGGUCUGAUUCCUGCUGAGUUGGGGAACUGCUCCAGCCUCACUAUCUUCACAGCUGCCAACAAUACCCUCAACGGAACAAUCCCCGCGGAGCUCGGCCGUCUCGGUAACCUCCAGCUCCUGAACUUGGGAAACAACAGCCUCACCAGCCAAAUCCCGAGUCAACUCGGUGAAUUGAGUCAACUCGGAUACAUGAAUUUCAUGGGGAACCAACUUGAAGGUCCAAUACCAAAGUCCAUAUCUCAACUGGGAAAUCUUCAGAGUCUUGAUUUAUCGGUGAACAAGCUCACAGGAGGUAUUCCGGCCGAAUUUGGCACCAUGUCUCAGCUGGCAACCUUAGUUUUAUCAAACAACAGUCUUUCCGGUGUCAUACCAAGAAAUCUAUGUUCCAACACAAGUUUGGAGCUCUUAAUGAUUUCUGGUUCGGGACUUGUCGGCGAGAUCCCUGCAGAAUUAAGCCAAUGCCGAUCAAUGAAGCAGCUAGACUUGUCCAAUAACUUGAUCAACGGGUCAAUCCCAGAUGAGAUUUAUGGACUAGUAGAGUUGACCGAUCUGUUGCUCCACAACAACAGCUUGGUGGGUUCGAUUUCUCCGCUGAUAUCAAACCUCAGCAAUCUGCAGUCACUUAUUCUGUACCACAACAACUUCGUGGGCCCUCUGCCUAGCGAGAUUGGAAUGCUUGGGGAGCUCGAGAUUCUGUAUCUCUACGACAAUCAGCUCUCUGGAGAAAUCCCAAUGGAGAUUGGCAACUGUUCGAGCUUGCAGAUGAUCGAUUUUUUCGGAAACCGGUUCAGCGGGAAGAUCCCGGUUACUAUUGGGAGGCUCAAAGAUUUGAACUUACUUCAUAUCAGGCAAAAUGAGUUGGUGGGUCAGAUUCCCGCUACACUGGGGAACUGUCACAAGCUAACUAUUCUUGAUUUGGCGGAUAACCGUUUAUCUGGCGGGAUACCGAUAACUUUCGGGUCCCUUGGAGCUGUGGAGCAGUUCAUGCUGUACAACAACUCACUUGAAGGUAAUCUUCCUGAUACAUUGGCUAAUAUGGUGAAUUUGACUAGAGUGAAUUUAUCGGGAAACAAGUUGAAUGGAAGCAUUGCUGCAUUGUGUAGCUCGAGUUCGUUUCUUUCGUUUGAUGUCACUGACAAUGCAUUUGAUCAUGAGAUUCCUUCCCAGCUCGGAAAUUCGAAAUCUCUCCAGAGGUUGAGAUUAGGGAACAAUCAGUUUACUGGAAAAAUCCCACACACAUUGGGGAAUAUCAGUGAGCUAUCACUGCUAGAUGUGUCCGGAAAUUCGCUUACAGGAUCAAUACCGGACGAGCUUUCAUCGUGCAAGAAACUGUCCCACAUUGACUUGAACGACAACCUUCUUUCAGGCACAGUUCCGCGGUGGUUUGGAGGUUUACCUCAGUUAGGAGAGCUGAAGCUGUCCUCAAAUCGCUUCACCGGGUCUCUUCCGAGUGAAUUGUUCAAUUGUUCUAAACUGCUAGUGCUUUCUAUGAGUGAGAAUUCUCUCAAUGGAAUCCUCCCUGCUGAGAUUGGUAACCUGGAAUCGCUUAAUGUCCUAAACCUCGACCACAACCAUUUUUCAGGUCCAAUCCCUCCUGCCAUUGGGAAACUAGGCAAGCUGUAUGAGCUUCGGCUCUCGCAGAACAGAUUUGAUGGUGACUUACCUUAUGAGCUUGGACAACUCCAAAAUCUUCAGAGCAUUUUAGACCUCAGUUACAACAAUUUGAGUGGUCAGAUUCCGGCCUCUAUUGGGACUCUGUCAAAACUUGAAGUGCUUGAUCUAUCUCACAAUCAACUAAUUGGCGAAGUCCCUUCCCCAGUUGGUGGUAUGAUUAGCUUGGGAAAGCUUAAUCUGUCUUACAACAAUCUGCAAGGAAAGUUGAGCAAGCAACUCUCGCACUGGCCGGCUGAGGCUUUUGCGGGAAACUUGCAUCUUUGUGGAAGCCCUCUUGGAAGCUGCAUUGGCAGAAAGCAGCAGUCCGAUCCAACAGAAUUGGCAGUGGUAGCCAUUGCUGCAAUAUGUACUCUAUCAGCAAUUGCUCUACUGAUAUUCGGAGCUGCUUCUCUCCUGAAACACAAGCAAGAAGCUUUUCAAAAAGCCAGUGAAAUGAACUUCUUGUGCUCGUCCAGUUCUUCCCAUGCUCAGCGAAGACUGCUUUUCUCAAAUGGUUCUGUCAAGCCAGAUAUCAAAUGGAAAGACAUUAUGGACGCCACAAAGAAUCUGAGCAACGAGUUUGUAAUUGGCUCAGGAGGGUCAGGAGUAAUCUACAAAGCUGAACUGCGAAACAGAGAAACCGUGGCAGUCAAGAAGAUUUUGUAUAAAGAUGAUCUUAUGGCGAACAAAACCUUCACGAGGGAGAUUAAGACACUCGGGAGGAUAAGACACCGGCAUCUGGCGAAGUUAAUGGGGUACUGUAGCAACAAAGGAGCAGGAUCCAAUCUGUUAAUAUACGAGUACAUGGAGAACGGAAGUGUGUAUGAUUGGAUACACCAAGAGCAAAGUAACAAGAAGAAGAAAAGCCUUGAUUGGGAGGCACGGCUAAAGAUUGCGGUUGGAUUAGCUCAAGGAGUGGAGUAUCUCCACCAUGACUGCGUGCCAAAGAUCAUCCAUAGGGACAUUAAGUCGAGCAAUAUUUUGCUAGAUUCAAAUAUGGAGGCACAUCUUGGGGAUUUCGGCCUUGCCAAGACACUUAAUGAGAACUACGAGUCUAAUACAGAAUCUAAUACAUGGUUCGCUGGAUCCUACGGCUACAUAGCACCAGAGUAUGCUUAUUCACUCAAGGCAACAGAAAAGAGUGAUGUCUACAGCAUGGGGAUUGUGCUAAUGGAGCUUGUAAGCGGGAGAAUGCCGACAGAUUCAUCUUUCGGCGUGGAGAUGGACAUGGUGAGAUGGGUCGAGAUGCAUAUUGAAAUGCAGGAUUCUACUCGUGAAGAGUUGAUAGACCCUGCACUGAAACCACUCUUGUCCGGAGAAGAAAACGCCACGUUCCAGGUUCUUGAAAUUGCACUGCAGUGCACAAAAACCAGCCCGGCAGAGAGGCCUUCGUCACGACAAGCGUGUGAUCAACUACUACAUGUGCUUAAUCGUCGGUCUGUGGAGUUUGAGAAGACGAAUUUAGAUUCUUACACAUAAGUAGUGAACCAUAUUUCAGAAGAUUGAUGAAACUUCGUUGUUAAUACAAAUAUACCACCCCGUCUCAGAGAGUAACUAGGACCAAUUCAGUCGCGUUUCCAUUCAUUUGGUUUGGUUUUGGUUUGGGCUAGCAGCUGUAAUGCAGCAUUUUGUUGCAGGGUGCCAUUGAUGCGAAUAGGGUUUUUGCUUGAGGCAAUAUUAUAAGAUUGUUUUGUGAAAGUUUAUAUUAUCACCUGUGAAUCAACCGUCGAGUUUGAAU